ACACCGUUUAUACGCGUACUUGGAGCGCUUCAAUACCGCGACGCGAGUUUUUUUAAAUUUACUAGCGGAUUGGAUUAUUAGUGGAUUCGGAUGAGUUGUUUUGUCUAGCUUUAUAUAAAAUUUGAAGGUCGAUUUAUUGGAUUUUUAACAUCACUGAAAUUUUAAGGAAUAAAAAUAUUAUAUUGCAUGUGGUCAGCACAUACUUAAUAGUUUUUUGUUGACUUGAUUAUCGCUGUUACAAACAGUAAGUAACGGAAUUCGGUACCAAAGUGUGUUGCACUGAUGGUGAAUGAUUCCAAUGUUAUCCCACGUUGUCGGAGGUUCGGGUGCUCAAAAUGUCCCUAGUGGUUAUGUGCCCAAUGGACAACCCACUGCAACGUUUCCUCCCGCAAAUCACUAUCAUCAGAUUCACCAUCAAUUUACUAACAGCUAUGGAGUUAAUGGAGAGCAACAGCAAAAAAGUUUACCAUUACAAACGAUGCAACCACCUGAAGCUGCUCCAGCAACAGUGCGAACCCAAAACAAUGUAGUAGUGAAUCGUGCUCAUCCUGAAACUAAUGUGAACAAUAAUCGUGCUAGGACUGCUAAUAAUCAUCAGUGGUAUCAACCACCGCAGACGCCCUAUAAUUAUGGUGCUAACAGUAAUAGCCGCGAGAUGCGGAACAAGGCUGAAAAACAACGCAGAGAUCGGCUGAAUGCUUUUAUAGCCGAACUGGCCGGGCUGGUGCCGAUGGUAUCCAAAAGUGCAAAACGUAUGGAUAAGACCAGCAUCUUAAGACUGACGGCGACUCAUUUGAGGAUUUAUCAAACCUUGGUAAAGGGAAAAGGUGCUCCUCACAUGGAAUUGCCCCCACAAGUGGACCAGGAUGUCCUAGAACAGCUUAUUUGCGACCAGAUGGGUGGUUUUUUGCUCAUCACUUGUACGAAUGGGAAAAUUAUCUUUGUUUCGCCCACGGUCGAAACGCUUUUAGGACAUUUACAAACAGAUCUAAUGGGUCAAUCACUGUUCACAGUAACCGCAUCCGAGGACCACGAUAGGUUACGGAUGUAUCUGGGUAGUGAAGGAGAGAUGGAACAAGGCUGGAAAAAAUAUUUUAAUAUUAAAGUUAGGCGGGCAGGUCCGAAAUCGGAAACGCCCCAGUACGAGUUGGUGAGCAUGAUGGGCUUGCAUAGGAAUAUGUCAGUUUUGGAACAAGCUAGUACCAGUGCUAGUGGUAACAGUAGUCCCAUGUCGUCGGCUGCGUCUACUUCUUCGAUACAAACUUCAUUAAAUACUGACAUUUUAAUCUUUUUCGUUAAACUGUGCCGUCCCCAGCCACUUGUAGACCGACUAGUAGCUGCAUCCAAAGACGAAUACGUCACCAGGCAUCUGAUAGAUGGCAGGAUAAUCGGUUGUGAUCAGCGUAUAGCGCUGAUCGCUGGAUAUAUGAUCGAAGAAAUUCAAGGCCACAGCGCUUUCCAGUACAUGCAUAGAGAGGACGUACGAUUUGUGAUGAUAGCUUUAAGACAAAUGUAUGACAAAGGCGAAAGUCGAGGAAACUCUUGUUACCGUCUAAAAUCGCGUAACGGUCAAUUCAUUUACCUAAAAACCUUCGGUUUCUUAGAAAUCGACGAUCAGGGCAUUGUGGAAUCAUUUAUCUGCGUUAACGUGCAAGUGGACGAAAAUGAAGGCGUCCAUCACAUUAGCGAAAUGAAACGGCGCUAUAGCGCCCUCUUUACCAGCUCAUUGGCCAGCUUGCCGUACCAGGACGAUGGUAAUUCGAGUGAUGGAAGCAACGUGGGAAACAUGACUUGGAUGUCUCCAGCCAGUGUUGCUUUGGCUGCCAGUAGACUCGACCGAACUGAAGAUCCUCAAGCAUUGCAGGCGGCGCUCAACGAGCUAAUGCAAAACUUGCCGUCGCCGGGAUCAGAAGAGACCGACACUGAGCAUCCGGUUAAAGUUGAAACGCCUGAGUCACCAGUGGCGCCGCCCAGUGUAGGCAAAGUUAUGCCUGAAAGUACUUGUACUAGCACAGCUACAUCUAAACAUCCGUAUCUGCGCAUGAAAUCCAGUGGAAAGAGGGCGUCGACAGCAUCGCCCGAUCCCGUCAAGAGACAAAGGCUUACCAGCGUAGAUUCGGAGUGUUCACAACUGUCUCCUGUCAGCACUUGCUCGUCUACGCAACCGCAGCCCCAUCAAACGGAGCCGCAUCUAUGCAAAAUACCAAAGCUAGAAGAGCAAUAUCUAUCCUCGACCGCAGACAUGAUGAGACACCAGCAUCACCACGCGACGUGAAGGGCCUCUUAGUUGCAAUUUUCUUCUUUUCUAAUAUUAAGUUAAAUUUUGUUGAGUAUUCGGAAAGCUUUGACAAAGUGAAUGUGAUAAAUUUUCGUAAAAUCAAAAUCCAUCCUUCUAAAUAGGACAAAAACCAAAUGAAAUUUGAGGAUUUUUGAUAAAGGAAUUAGUGAAAAAAGAUUCACCAUUUGUUUAAUUUCGAACCUAAUUAGUCAACGAAGAAGGUCCAAUUUUUGAUACUAUUCACUUACUUUUACUAGCGCGAUUUUUUUUUCUCCUGAACAUGAGUGUAAAUAUUUGGUGGUUAUUCUAUAAAAUAAUUUAUUUAACCAAACCUGAUUUUUGGUUUUUAGUCUUACUGAAACUGAACUUCUGGCACAUUAUUGAAAUCUUUUGUAAAGGGAAAAAAUACAUAGUUUUUAUAAACACAAAUUUGAGGGAUUUCAGAAACUUUUUGAUUACUUAGAGGCAAUGAAUAACUCUAAAUUAUGUUUCAAAAGAUAACAAAUAAAAUGGUGCCAUGAAACAACAGAAAAACAUGAAAUGUAGACUAAUUAUGUUUAGGUUAUCAAGUAUAAGCAUAAUAUAUAUUAUAAAAUAUUCAUUAGGUAAUUUUUUGUCAAACUUGUACAGAUUUUUAUUAUUCUCAUAACAAUUUGUUACUAUAAUAAUUAACUAUUAUCGAUAUAGUAAUUCCUGUGAUUGUAAAGAAAUAAGAGUUAGCGAACAAAGUGUUUAAUGUAGAAUUAGAAUUUAAAGAUUCUUUCUUUUAACUGUUAUUAGAGAUAGUUUAUGGGUAACUCUGAUAGGGAAAUAAAGUAAUGCUUAUGGUGUGCCACAAAUGGCGACUUCGAAAAAUGAGUGAUGGAUAUAGUGUAAUUGUAAUUCCUCCUCCUGACUAUCGGAAUUACUCAAAUAUCUCUAAUCAUACAUUGCAAUUCACAUAGACUGUAUACACUAUAUUAAACACUUUGUGAGUAACUAUGUUGGAGCGUAAGAGUUGUUUUUUUUUUUAAUGUAGGUGAUACAAUCGGCUCAUUCUUGAUUUUUUUUUAUUGUUUAGAUAGUUAUUUUUUAAAAAAGCGUAACGCCUAAUCUGCACGUCCUUAUCGCUGUUCGGGUUUAUUGUUAAACAAUUCGAAACAGCUUUAAACGUGGUUUUAGAUGAGCUUACAGAGAAAAGACUUUUGAAAUGGGUAUUUAUAGUUUGUUGACAAUUUGCCAUGUUUGAUAUACUAAAACAUACUGUCUGUUUUAAAGGAACAGAUUUUGAUAAAGGAUAAAGACGAAUGUGGCAAAAUGUUAUAGAAACUAUAUAAUCUAAUAAAUAAUUUGAGCAAACUUUUCGAGUGAAUAUUCUCUUUAGAUCGUUGUCUAGGUAUAACUUUCACUCAAUGUGCUUGUUAAGAAAGGAUAAAUGAAAAUGAUUGGACCGAGGAUCGAAUGCCGGGCCUUUUGUAAGACAAAAAGACCGGUUGUAGCUUAAGUAUAAAAAAAACUGUAUAUGAUCACAAUAUUUGUUUAAAUAAAAGUCGUUUUUAUUAUG